GAAACUUUUGGGAUCGUGUGUCCCGGUUUCACUCAACCGAACUCAGUUAAGCGCCGGCGCUGCUACCGUGCACUAGCAUACCAAACAAACAGCAGUAAAGAACAAACGUGCUUCUCCAAGGUGUCACCCAAUUGCCACAGUUUUUCAACCACCGAAAGUUUUUCUUGCCAAAAAAGGACCACAGUUCAUCUCCAACAACACCAACAACAACAACAACAACAGUAUUUUCCUUUGCCGGUUUUGUUUGUUUGUUCUCCAAGAAGAAGAAGAAGAAGGUGCAGCCGAGUCAACCAAAUCACCGGCAGUAUAACAUCGGCUACUCCCGAUAUACUCUAUUUGAUGAGCCGACCAUGAAGCUUCCAUUCCGGCGGAAAAAUAACCACCGUCUUUGAGAGAGAGAAAAAUCGCCGACUGUGGAAACAAUUGAUUCGCGGUCCAAGUUUGUUCCUCACACGCACUUUAUGAUUCGAACGUGAAUCAAUUCGACACCUCAACAGCACGUAAAUCGUCUGCUGGCCCCUGUCCGGCAUUACAACAAGAAGCAAGGGAGGAAAAACUCUCUUCAGGAAAUUGGCAUUCCGGUCGUCGACCUUGUGACAACGAACCCUGGAAUAUGAAUAACGGUGAAACUUGUCGCUCGUCGGCUGUCAAGAUGCAACACAUUAGCUGGAUUUUGCUACAAUUGGCCGUGUUUGUAGGCUUCUACGUCAUGGUGGGAUCGUCAGCAACGCUGGAUGAUGGGGAUGCUGUUUUGGCGCGAAGUAAAAUCGGUUUGAAUUCAUCAACGCCGUCACGCUGGUGGAGGGCGAAAACGGACAACAACCGAUUGUCGUCGUCAUCUGACAUGAUCAAUUCCGAGUUGCGGCAUUACCAAUUGCAGAUGCACCAACGACAACGGCAAAGUCAACGCGUCAAGUCGCAGGAAGAGAACAGGAAACUCUGGUUAAUGUGGAACGGAGCACAAGAGAAACUGAACGAAGACAAUGACAAGUUAAUGGAAGAAACGAGCGCAAAUUCUACCCGGAAAGAGACCGAAGAGGGUCUCUCCCUAUUGGAGAAUCUCGUUCACCCCGAAGAGGAAUUACUGGAUGAAAUUAACGAUCGUCAAAUCAUCCAGGCCGUUAUCGCCAGCAUGGCCCAGUGGAACUUGCGCAAAUUGCAAAAGAUGCAACGCAAAUCAGACCAGACCAGGCAUCGUAGUCGUCGUGAUGAGGCGAUGGUCUGCUACAACGAAUUGGGUUGUUUCCGCGACGAAGGACCGUUCAACUACCUGGACCUGUUGCCAGCUCCGCCGGAAGAAAUUAACACGCGUUUCUUCCUCUACACUCCGCGCAACCGUGACGUUCCCCACCCUUUGGUCUACAACAACGCCAGCACAAUUUUGACGUCACCUUACAACGCUACGCUGCCCACCAAAGUCAUGAUCCACGGCUUCGGCUCCUCCUGUCAGCGCAUCUGGGCCAAAGAGAUGCGAACGGCUCUCAUCAGCGUCGGAGACGUCAAUGUCAUUUGCGUCGAUUGGGAAAACGGAGCCAAUUUGCCCAAUUACGUCAGAGCGGCAGUGAACGCCCGUCUGGUUGGCCGGCAAGUGGCACUUUUGGUCAACGCCAUCAACGGUAUGCUGGGCUCCAAGAACGGCGAUUUUCAUCUCAUCGGGUUCAGCCUGGGAGCUCACGUGGCUGGAUUCGCUGGAUCCGAACUCCGCAACGUUAGCCGAAUUACUGGACUCGAUCCGGCUGGUCCGCUGUUUGAAAAUUACGACCCGAGAGUUCGACUGGAUUCGACCGACGCCGAUUUGGUUGACGUCAUCCAUUCCAACGGCGAGAAAAUCUACAUGGGCGGACUGGGAGCCUGGGCCCCAAUGGGCGACAUCGAUUUCUACCCCAACGGUGGUCGCAUGCAGAAAGGAUGCACGAAUCUCUUUGUCGGAGCCGUCAGCGACAUGAUUUGGUCAUCUGCUGAGGAAAACGGCCGAAGUUUGUGCAACCACCGACGCGCUUAUAAGCUGUUCACAGACUCGGUGGUGCCUGGAUGCCACUUUCCGGCCUUUGCCUGCGAGUCUUACGAAAAGCUCCUGGAAGGCGAUUGCUUUCCUUGCACGGACGCUGAACGCUGCUCCAACAUGGGUUUCUACGCCGAUAAAUCGCCCGGUCGAGGUAUCAUGUAUCUAGCCACUCGAGAAGAGGAGCCUUUCUGUGCUAACCAGUACCGAGUGCAACUGCAGAGCUCUACCACGUUACAGCCUGUAACAACCCAGGGCAAGAUAGAACUCAUCCUUAUCGGAGCCAACAAUUUCAACGAGACUUUUACUUUGACUAAGGGUCCGGAUUAUGAAUUGACUAGCGGUGGGAAACUGGUGCGGCUCAUCGUGCCACAUCCAACAUUUUCACCUCCAUCUAAAGUUCACGUCGUCUACACAGCCUAUCAAGGUUGGAUUUACAGCGGAUUGACUAAAUGGCCCGUCGACAAGCUCGUCCUCACUGAUAGCUAUGGAAAAAGUAUGUCUUACUGCCAAAAAGGAAUGUUUUUGGAAUCGGGCAAAGGACUUGCCAUCACUCUACAUCCGGGAGAGUGUAAUCCGGCUCCUCCUUUACCUCCAUCUUCUUCUCCGGCGCUGACCAACAACCUCGUCCAUAACAAUCAGACGCCAUUCCCAAGCCGACAACCGCUGGAUUCAGCACCCUUGGAUAACGAAAUUCCCGUACUCAAUGAAAUCAGAUUCCGAUCCCUGGAUGGCGAUACAGUCGGUGGAUCGAACCAAACCGCCGAAUCCAAGUCGACGUCGUCUUCGUUGGUCCGUUCCAACGCCAAUAACAUAACGAAUAAUAUUUACCCCUACGGAAAUGUGCCUUUGGCUUUGCUCCAGCAGCAAAUUCCUGCCGACAUCAAAGUGGGUGGUGGCGGCGGAAAUAGCGGCCCUAGCAGUAGCAAAAGGCCCAGUUUUUAUCAGUGGCCAUUAGUUGGCAAUUUCUUCGGUAAUCACGGCCGAUCUCGUUUCAAGUCUGGAUCGGGUCGAAAGUACGAGCCGCAAGGACAGUUGACUCCUCCAUCGCUCCAGCAAUUACAGCAAGGUAACGGAGUUCAAUCGAGUAAAGAGUCCAUCUCCCGGCGGCCAUUCACUCGCCGGAAUAAUCCGCAACAAACGAUGAGCGUGGAAGAUCAGACAAAAGUCGAGUACUAUCUCCUCCGACAACAACAACUUCAUUUGCAACAGCAACAACUUCAUCAGGCCAAUCGAUUGCUGUGGGGAAAUUCCAAUCGAUCACAGCAGCUGUCCAUUCGAGGACAACAACUGGCUCUUGCCAACCAGCAACAAUACCAACAACAAUGGGUUCCGCAACGCCAAGUCGUUCCUCCCCCACCGCCACCUCCUCAAUGGCGACCGGAUGCCCUUGUCGACGCGGAAAUAACACGCUAUUCAACAAACAACAAACCGAUCGCUCAAGGAGAACUCUCAAUGCCGAUGGAUCACAUGCAACAAACCUUUGCCCAAACUUUGCUAAAUCCUGCAAAUCAGCAAUUUAUUGAGCGCUUUAGGAAUCAACAACAACAAAACAUUCCGCAACUUCGAUCGAGCAUGAUUUUGCCUAGUACCGAAAUGACGACAACUCCAACAUUGACGAGUACAGGUAGUUUGAUUGUGGCCAAUGUCAUCGUUCCGUCCUCCUCUAUUACCAUUUCAAGCAGUCCGGUAACAUUGACAACUAUGACGAUUAGCAACACGUUAGCCUCUCAUAGCCAACAAUCCAUUCGACAACCGGAGGUGGAACAUGUGUUACCGCCAAUCGAUAAUCCAGCCGAUAUCGACAUGGAGCAAUCAGAAAGUAUUCAGGUUACCCAUACAAAGAAAUCAAAUAACGAGGACUCUGUAUUAUCUUUGGCCACUAUCGAAGCUGCUACUUUGCUGUCAGCCAAGGCGCCUACUUCAAUCAGUCAUCGACAAAUGAACGAAACAGUUGUUAUCGCCAGUAAUAAUAUUUCAACUCCUGCAGCAUCAGCAGAUACUACGAUCACAACAUCUCCGGCCUCAACAACACUGGAUUUCGGCGAAGAAUUAUCCUCUACAAACCAGACCGUGAACCCUAGCAAUGUUUCUUCAUCCAUAACCACUAAAGAAGAUGUUGUGAUCAAAGACAAUUCAAACAGCGGUAUUCUGUGGUCAGACUAUCCUUCUGAGGUUGGAACUAGCCCGGUAUUAAUGUCUGACGAGCUUUAUCCCGAUCCGGAGCAAUUGGGUCAGGCAAGAGAUGAAUACUGGUCGAAUAAAGCUCUCACCUCUCGAGUUAAGCACAUCAGUCCUUCCUCGGUUGUUGCUGCCGUUGUUGGAUCCACAUUUUACCCGCACGCUUAUGCAGCUAUGCGACCGUCUAGACUCCAGUUACAAGAACAUCAGCCGCUCUACAUUCCUUUAAAUCCAGCCGAUCGUGAUCGCCAAAGUCGACAACUUCAAGCGCAGUAUUAUGCCGACACGACGGGCAGCAGCACGAAUAAUAUCAAGAAAUCGGCUCAUGAACCCGUUCAGACUGUCGUGUCCGCUAGGUGAAUGUCUACUUCACCAACUUUCUUAUAUAUAAGAAUUCAAAUGCUAGCCACCCAGCAGCAGUGAACUUUGGUAAAUUAUGUUUGUCUUCAAAUAUUCUGCGAACAGUUCUCGUGUUGAAACUGAAUGCGGUGACAAAUCCUGUACAGAUGAUUUAAUUUUCUAUUUUACGGGGACUUGUGAAAUCAUUUUUUUGCGCUAAUAUGCCUUUCCCCCCAAAAAACCAAACACGAGAAUCCUUACAUUACUUAAUGUAUCCCGAACUGUUAGGUGACACCGUAUGUUUUUGAUUAUUGAAAACGCCAGAAAAAAAAAGUUCUUCCUACGAAAAACAAGAAAAAACUGAAAAAAACGUGACUGUGAUUUGUGUUCUAUUUGCUGGUGUUACCGAUGAUGAAAAGGAAAAAAAAAACAGUGAGAAUCAUGUUUUCUGUUCAUGUUUGAUGAAGAUGUUAUUUAUAUUUCGUCUUCCACAAUCUUAUUACCGUUUUAGUAUGAUAUCGUCACCAACCUGCUAUAUUUGUUUUCAUGUGCAAAGAAACAAUUCGCUGGUCGCCAUGCCGAAAUGUCCUUCAAUUAUACCCACCAUACAUAACAUAUUACUUGUUUGUUUUUUUGUGUUCUUUAAUACAUGAUUUAUUGCAGUA